UUCUCUGUCACCAGGAUCACUGCAGGACACGGCACACCCCUGCCAUACAUUUGGAUGCAAGCUGAACUUAAAAAUGAAGGUAUUUGCCAUACUUGCUCACAUUUUUGGACCAUCACUUGCUCUUCCACUAGUUGCACAACAUCUCCUGCUUGGCAGUAACAGCAAUGAGGUUCUGCUGGGAGUAGUUAAUCCAAACAUUCCUCAGGGAGGCGCUAUGAAUGUUCUGUUACCUGGGAUAUACCAGCCACAGUUACAGCAAAAAAUUGCAGGCUUACCCCUGAUUCCUUUUGGUACACGUACUGGCUUUGCGGCACAACUGCCAAAUCAGGUGGUUAUCCCAAAUGUAGGGACACAAUCCCAACUACUAGACCCAACAUUACAAAAUCAGCAGAAACCAAACCAAGUGAUGUCAUAUGUGGUGUCCUAUGGAAUGCCCCAAAAACAAGGACAGAUGCCAGUCUUCUCCUUGUAUCCAGCACAACCACCUGUACCAGCUCUACCAAAGCAGUUUGGGAACCAACCCACCAUUGAAGAGACUUUUGGAUGUUUUGUGCCUCAAAUUAAUGGUGACGUGAUUAGGCCUUCAGGAGGACUUCAGCUUGCAACAAAAAGCCCAGUAGAUCCUUUGGUCUUUGAUCAAGAUCCUACUACUGUGCCAGACUACCAGGAGAAUAAGGUUACUCCAGAGGUUAUGAAGACUCCAUAAGUAGUGAGAAGACGAUUGCUGAUCUGAAAUAAAAAUCUUGUUUAUUGAUUGACCUUUCAAACAUGAAACAUAUAUAAAUGCGUGCAUGAUCAUUGAAUUAACAUAUAUUAUACCGUUCAUACUGACAACAUAUAUAUUGAUAAUAUUUUAUAAUAGUUCUUUUGAAUUCUUUUCUUACCUUUCUUAGCCACCUAUAUGGCUGCAUUGCCUUUUGACUAAAAUAAAAUAAGUUUACCCAUUU